UCAAAAACCUGCUGAUAAGAUGACUUGGUUCGUCGUCAAAUUUGAUGAUGAAAACACAGUGGAAGCUGUACCGAAUACCUGGUACAUGAAAAAAAAAUUCCAAUGUUAUUGGCCACCUGAAGACACGACAAAAAGUGCUAUAAUUAAUUUGAUAAAGAACAAACAUUCUCCUGAAGCAAAUUGGAUGCUCUAUGGAGCUAGUAUUUUGGGCACUUAUGGCACCUAUAAAAUUGCUCAACGAAAAGCUAAUAAAGCAAGAGUGACAAACAAUCUUUCUUCCAACACUGAAGAUUUAAAAAAAAAAAGUAGUACAAAACAAAGGAAACGGUGCAAGAAAUCUGAAAGCGAAUAUGAAGUAUCAUCUGAAACAUCAGAAAUAUUUUCAUCAGAUGAUGACAUAAUGUAUCCUGAGCCCCCAACUGAAUCAAGCGAUAGGAUGGCAGUAGAAAAUAAUACUAAUGAAAAUAAUCUAGAAAACAGAACUAAUACUAAUAUAAUUACUUCUAAUACUACUAGUUCUACUUGUACUACUAAUGUAAUUAUUCCUGGUACUACUUCUAGUUUUGCUUUUAGUAAUACUGCAUCAAAAAGUGCAUUAAAUCGUAAAUUUGAUUCGACUUGUGAACCAAAUAGUGAGAAAGCAUUUGAAAAACGUGUUUUGAGAGAAGUACACAUACUCAAUUUAAAAGUGGAUGAUAUUUCUGAAACAGUUAAUGCUCUACUGAAAGCUACAGCAGAUGAAAAAUCAUCACAAAAAUCAUUUACGUGUAAUAAUAAUGUUCCUGAUAUUAUUCAAUCAUUUCCUGUAAAUGAAGAUUCCUUAGCUCGAUUAGAAGAUUGGCUAAUGAAUUCUGAAGAAAAUAAAACAAUAUUGGCUAAAAAUUUAAGUCGUAUAGGAGGAUGCAACGUUAAAGAAGUUGUUCGGCGGAUUAUGUAUCACGUUUUUACUAACGAAGUUGGUAUGGCUUAUUCAUGGGAAGGAGCUAAAAAAAAGAAAAUUUUUAAAAAUUUAAUUAUGGCAUCGAGUAUUCUCUCUGCUGUACGACUUAACAAGAAGACUCAAGAGGCUACAGAUUCGGAAAUAAUAUGUUUCAUAAAAUCAUGGCUAGUGAGAAGCAAAGAUCGUUUCAAUAAUAAUAAUAAAAAUAAAAAUAUAACACAAACAGAUGAAAGAACUCCACAAACAGAUGAAAGAUCUCCACAAACAAAUGAAAGAAUCGAAAAUUGA